AAGAAGUGCCGCCCCGGUCGACUGACGGCUGGGUAGUGGUGGGGCGGGGCUGCGCCACUGGCUGGGCGGAGCCGAGCCAUGGCGACCGAGGAUCCCGGCGGGCAGGCGAGGAGGGCCUCCGCCCCCGGACCCCGGCCUGGCGGGGCCCCAGAGCACGCGUCUGGAACUGUGGGAUCGCCCUCCGGGAGGAGCGCCAGCGGAACCCUCCGGCCGGGGGACCGUACCCCUGCGACGGUGGAGAAGCGUGGACCGUACAUGGUGACGCGCGCACCGUCCAUUCAGGCCAAGCUGCAGAAGCACCGGGACCUGGCCAAGGCCGUUCUGCGUAGAAAAGGCAUGCUGGGGUCCUUGCCGAACCGCCCCGACUCUUCAGGGAAAAGGUCAGUGAAGUUUAACAAGGGCUAUACUGCUCUUAGCCAGAGUCCAGAUGAAAACCUGGUGUCCCUCGAUUCUGACAGUGAUGGGGAGCUGGAAUCCAGAUACUCUUCCGGGUAUUCCUCUGCAGAGGCAAGUCCAGAGCGCCUUUCUGUGCAGGGCCAGGCUACAGGCAGCAUCACCGCCACUGCCAAAUGCUUGUUUGGUGCCUGCUGUGUGCACAGCACUGUACCAGACUUCCGGUCUGUUCUCCGAUCUUCCACUCUGCCCUCUUCCCCCAGCAGAGGUAAACCAGGAUGUGAGCCGGCAGCUGCUACAGGAUGGGUAUCACCUGGAUGAGAUUCCAGAUGACGAGGACUUGGACCUCAUUCCCCCUAAGCCUAUGGCCUCCUCUACAUGCUCCUGCUGCUGGUGCUGUCUUGGAGAUUCUUCCUGUACCCUCCAGUAGCCAUAAUUCUCCAAGAUGGGCCCUGCUCACCGUGAGGCCUACAUAGUCCUGUUGGCCCUUCAUAGCUCAGAGUGCAGUGGGAACUGCUGUCAGUUUAGAAUCAGUGCAGGCACUGACCCUCUGGGAAGGUCAGUAACCUGCAGGACAGCCCUCACCUGGUACUUCUCAGGCCAGAGCCCCACCCCCAAUCUGGGUGAUGAGGGGAUGGGUAGAAUUCUAGUUUUCCUCUGUUGUUGGGAGCAAUUUAGAGAAACUACUUUAAUAAGGACAGAAACAGGAAUUGUGGCUAACAAGUGGCUGAGAAAACCACUUGCAGACAUCUUGAUUGGUAUGUCAUGGUGCUGUAUGGAAUGCGAAAAGAGAGCUUUUGUAUCCAAACUGUGCUGAUGUGUGGAGGCAAGAGCAGCACCUUAUAGUAUGUAGCUAGUAAUCUCAAAUUUUUAACUGAGACUAGUUCAAGAAAUUCCAUGUUUCCCUCCUCUUUCCAACUCUAAGGUAAAUUAACCAAGACAGCAAAGUGGGUCCCUUUUUUCCUCUUCAGAUUACAUCUGUCUAGCUGUGACAGUGUAGCAGGUUGCUUGAUACAUCAGGAUCAUGGCUUUCAGAGUCCCUGAACUGGGGGACACUCCAACUGUCUGGGUAGGCUUAGUAACUUGUUCAGCCCUUCCCUAGUUAGAGAAAAACUGCUCCAUCAUGUACAUAUUUAUUUAUUUGUAUUUCCUUGGUCUUGGCUAGCUAGCUUCUUCACCCAGUCAUUGAGCUGGAAAGUUGGCUUGAAGAUACUGAUGCUGGCUCCAGAAGCCUGGAGUUUUCGUGAUUACCAGCAGAGGGAGCUGCAAGGGCAGAGUGCCUUCCUAUUGACUGCUUUUUUAAACUUGUGGGAAGUGGCAAUGAGUGAGUGUUCCUCUGGUGCAGCUUUGUGGUCUUUGGCUUAGACUGAAGCUCUCAGAAUAGGGAGGAGAGACCAAAGCUAGAAACCAGGCUUCUGCUGGAGAUCAGCCCACCAGUACAGUCUCCCCUGUAGCACAGACCACUCCACAGCCAGAUUCCUCUGCCUCAGCAUGAGCCUCACAGUAGAUGCUCAGGAUUGGACUUUAUGGACUGGGGGUGUAGCUCAGUGGUACAGCAUUUACGUAGCAUACAUGUUUGAGGCCCUAGGUUCAACCCCUAGCUCUACCAAAAAUAAAGGAUUGGGCUUUACAGCAGAUCUCUGUGUGAACCCAGCCUCUUGGCCCCCAGCCUGAAUGUAGCAGAAACAGGCAUAAUUUUCCCUGUUACCCCACUGGAUAAUUUCUCUUGUUAUACCUAAUAGCCUCUUGCUAGAACUUAGUUUUUUACUGCUCCUCAUCCAUUUUUUGUCUCACCCAGCACCAUGGUGAGGUGGGAGUAGACAUGAUUCUCAGCCCAAGGGGCAUAGUAAUAUUAGGACACGGGCCCUACACAAGAGUGUCCAGGCUCUUACUUUACCUAAUGUCAUGUGAUCACUAGAGAACAUGGUAUGGUAUCCCUACCACAAGAGGUGAUUGGAAGACUGAGAAGUCAGAUAUAAAGAUAAGACCUUAAUCAUCAUUUGUUGGACAACUAUCCUCAAGGUCAUCCUACUAGUAGGGCUUGAUAGUUUUUUUUCAAACUGGAAGGUUGACAGGAGUUUCUGGUAUUCACAGGCUGUGGUUGAUUUACUCUGCUAAUUAGCAGCAGCAUAGAAGGGAGAUGGGUCAGAGACCAGAGGUAUAGCCCCUUGGGGUCUGGGGACAGAGUCAGACGGUUAUUCUUUUCUGGAAUGGGACUCUGCAGCUUUACCCAGCUGCCCAACAUUCAGAGCAAGGAACAUUAACAUCUCCAUUCUGAACCUCUUACCCACCACAGUUAGUUUCCAAUCCUUCAGGUUGCUAUGAAGGGGAAAAGCAGAUGUGGACAGUGUAGAGAAAGACUCUGUGAUUGUGGUGGGGACUUAGGGCAGAAGGUGGCUGUGGAAGCAAGGUAUGGAGCCAUAUUUCUGUGGGAGACUUGGUUAGGACAGAGUAACCUGGGCAUUUGACAGCUGCUGGGAGGUGGCAAGAACCCCAAACCAGACCCUCUGGGUAGUUGUUGCUGUAAUCAGUACUGGGGCACUUGGCUGCAACUCUUCCUGGAAAGGAUGUUCCAGAUUUGGGCAACUGUAGGAAUUACCUUGUAGAAAAAGCUGCAAGGAGCUGAAGCAGGGGACAACAUGCAGUUGAAGAAAUGGUCAUUUUAGGGUCAGGGGCCACAGACCAAAAUAUCACCACUAAAGGCACCAAGUUGCUCAGAGUCAAAUAGCCUUAAUUCAGAGUGCUGGGUGAUAUGCAGGUGACAGUCCUCUGUGGAGAGGGGUGCAUCUGGGCUUCCCUCACAGACAGGAAUGGUUCCAUCUGGUGUUUACACAGUGCUCUACAGACCUCUUGGCUUGUACUUCUGCACUCUUGUACAUUUAAUAAGAAUAAAUGCAAUCACGCUAGUUGAGAUUUCUGUUGUGGCAUCAGGAUUUUAAAGAAAGACCUGGAUAUCCUGAAAGGAAGAAAUAGCUUAAUAGCCCAAUAGUGGCAAUUCUCCGGGAAUCACCCUUCCCCUUUUCUGUGUUCCCCAUGGCACUGUUUUCAGGCCUGUUGCACUGGAGGUCAUAAGUGGAGCAGGCACUUGCAGGUUACUAUUUAGAAUGGGUUCCCUUUAGCAGAUCCUUUCUUUCUAGCUCAUCUAUAUUUAUCUGCUAAAGAAAUUUUGGAGGCAAAAAAAAACCCAAAACAUUUUUUUGUUUUUGGUGGUACUAGAGAUUGAACCCAGGGGUGCUCUGCCGCUGACCUACAUCCUCAACCUUUUUUAUC